GCAAUUUGUGUGCGCCUGAAUCAAAAAAACAAACGGUUUUAUAAUUUAGCUAAAUGUCUCAACAAACGCCUCUGACCAUCGCGCCUGACUCUCCAGCUCUGCUGGUGUCUGCUAAUGUGCAGAAAUAUGCGAUCAAGAAGAAAAAAGUGCUCAGCCCAGAGGAGUCUGAGCUCUAUGAGUUGACACAAGCUGCAGGAAUUAUUAUAGAUCAAGAGGUGUUUAAGAUCAUUCUGGAUCUGCUUAAAAUGAACGUGGCACCUCAGGCAGUUUUUCAAACUCUGAAAGCCAUGUGUGCAGGUCAGAGGGUGUCUGAGUGUGGCACAGACUCUUCUGCUGCUCACACAAGUAGUACCACUGCACCUACAGAAACUCGUGUGCAAAGGAAACCAGGAGUGAGUCACACUGAAAAAAGCAGAGAACCCACAUCCCAGAGAGUGCAACGGCAGCCAAGUGCCAAUAGAGGGCAGAAGACUAAGAGCUCUGGCAGCAGUAGCUCAUCCUCUCAGAUCAACUCUACAUAAAGAUUCAGGUUUUAAUCUGCCACUGUUGUAAAUUUGCUUACCUUAUCUUGUUUUGAACUCUCUCACAUAUUUUGUUAUACAUAAAUAUAUGGUGUGACUGAUGGUAUGGACAUAUAAUGUUGAAAAACAAAAUGCACAUUUUGGAUAGAGAUCAGGAUGUCGUCACACCUCAUAGAGUUCCUAAUGUUAAAGCUAUGAAAAUUUGUAGAGGCUACCUGCCAGUUGAGUUAAGUUAAGUGUUCAUGUAAAAGUAUAGACACAAUAUUAUGCCAAAUGUAUUUACUAGUAUUGACCAUCUAUGGUAGUGACCAACAGCUUGUCGGGUUGUUCCGCAGCUCUUGAGUUUACUUUUUAUAUUGUUUUAUCUAAUCAGUCUCUAUGGGUGUCUUGGCUACUAACGACAAAGUUGGUGGAUUUUGACAAAUACCUCUGUCAGAAUGUUUUCUAGAAAUAAUAAAUCUAUUUAUCACACAUUUGCAUCAGACAUGUAUGUUGCCGAAACCUUGAGGAUUAUAUUUAGAAACAGUAUGGCCCGCACACUGGAUGCCUCUUUUUUGUCAUUUUGUAAAUUAUAACUGUUCCAUUACGUUUUGUGUACUACUUAAAUUUGCAUAUUUUAUUGCUGCAUUACUCUCCAGUGCACUGGAAAUGAAAUAAAGCAAGCUUGUUGUGCAUGUUUUGAACUGUGCACUAUACUUGCUGCUAUUGAAUAGUUAUAGCAUAAUUGCCAGAUGAGUAGUUUUUUUGUUUUGAUGCUAAACUGAUUUGUUGUCACUGAAACCAUAAGAAAAGCAUUAUUUUAUAAAGCAAUUUCUCUCACAUGGGGGCAGUAGAAGCACAUUACCUUCGUCAUCCUUGCGUCGGUCUUUAUUGAAUGAAAGUGAAUGUAAAAUGAAUUUAGUAUUUUUGUUCCUGUGUGUAUAUUUAAACUUCCCGCAUUGACAAACUGCAGGGUGCAGUCAACAUCCACACAGGGGUCUGUUGCAGUUCGUGUGGCUCUGGAUGAGGCGGGCUGCAGGGCUUUAUAUAGCUGCUGGUCUUUUAUGUGGCCGUUUGUCCUGUUUAUGUGCUUCUGCCUCUCUUCUUCUCUCCUGCGCGCCCUGCACUGAUGGCAGCGUGCCUGUAAUUGAUGGCACCAUAUUGCUGUAGUGUAGCAGGUUUAAUGGGGCUUGACAGAGCAAGGGAAAGCGGCAUGCAAGCAGGGAGGUUAACCCUUUCACACACACCUUCCUUCUUGGCCUUUUCUUCUCACAUACCCUCUUGUUUUGGAUAACUGACCACCGGUGCAUGCCAACAGCGAUCAUUACAAGAUUGCAAUUCAGUUUUGAAUGGUUAUAAUAAUUUUGGUAAAUUCCAAAUAUAUAUGGUGCUAACCAGUUUCUUUAACCUGCAUUGUUUGGCUUGUUUCAUAGUUGGUGAGAAUUAUUCUUUCCAAGUUGCUGCUGCCUGUACUCCCUGGUGUCACCUAUAGGGGCCAGUGUGACUCUAGGCUUGCAUUUUGGCCUGCCUGAUUAUUUCCAAAGGCAUUUGCCCCAACAUUUUGUAUGUUUAUUUUGUUUUUGAGGGAAUUUCAUAGCCACUACAGACUUUUACAUUAAAAAUAAAGUGUUAUCCUUCACUCAUUUGUUCAAAUGUGUGCACUAUAUGUUUCAUUAAUCAAUAGAGACAUUAAAAGAAGCUAUUGUAUAGUGAAGAAAGCCAAACAGUGCAGUGAAGAAUGAGGUAGUCGAAGCUGUUGGCAAAUCAUUAAUGUAAAGUGUUGGUCUAAACCAAGUUCUCACAUUCUCUUGGUGCAAGCUAUUCCCAGGUGACAAAAAACUGAGGAGAGACACUAUUUUAAGCAUGGUUAUCACACCUCUGUGUUUUUUUUUCUCCAUCACUUUGAUUCCCUCAUGAGUGGUGUGCAGUGUGAGAGCGUAGUGUGAGGUGCUGCCUCAAAUAUCAUACUGUUUUGCCUCUUCUCGCUUUCUCAGGUAGGUCCUUCGUUGUGAACCAGGGCCACAUUUUGCUCUGCAUUUAUAGGCCUCUUCUUCUCACUUGUUGUCUUUGUGCAUUCACUCCCCUCCCUAACCUCUCCACUUUCAGUCACCCUUCCUGCUAGCUUGUUUGCCAGGCCAGCCGCAGAUUGGCUAUUUCCUGCACGCGCCCAGUAGAGCCCUUAUCAGUGGUAGAGUGCUGAUUGUUGGUCUGUCUCUCAGGCUGACUGACAGUUGGGGCUGCGCUGCUGAAAUGUCUGAUUCGGUCAGUGUUUGUCUGUGGGGCCUUAUCUCCAUGCUUUAUAUUAACUGCCUUGACAGUAUGUGUAGGCAGUCUCUCUCCAUCUUAGUGCAGCCUCCACACCUCCAUCCUCCGCCUCUGUUCCCUCACAUACUCUCCACUCACUAUGUGCAGUUUUCUCAUCAACAUUGUGAUGGUGUGCUCACUCAACAACAUACUUCCUCUGAAUGUUCACAAAAAGUUAACUAUGAUAAUUGUAAUUCAAACUACAUUUUCCAUUUCUUUGUGUUUACUCAGUAGUAAACAAUGCUGUUUCAACAUUGAUUUUUUUUUUUUUUUUUUUUUGAUAAAAAUACAUUUUUUUUGUAUCUUUAAAACUGCAAUUACUGCAAAUGACUCUUUACCCAGUGUAUAAUGAAACACCAACAUGUUCACCAUUUGUUCCUUUUUAUUUCACUAAAUUUAUUUUACUUUUUGCCAUCUAGCAGAAAUUAGUGAAGUGUAAAAAUAUGUUUCAUUUGUUUACAUUUGGACAGGAAGUAAGUGAUAUUUAUUAAAUAACAAUAAAUAUUAUCACACCAG